AUGGCUUCUUCAUAUGUUUUAUUCAUGCUUUCUCUCAGCUGCUUAGCCUCAACAACAAUUGCUUUGGGUGGGAAUUUCAACACUGAUUUUAACAUUCUCUUUGGAGAUAGUCGAGCUAACAUACAAGAUGGAGGCUCAAGCAUGUCCCUUGCAAUGGACAAAUCUUCUGGCUCGGGCAUAGCAACCAAGAACGAGUACUUGUUUGGACGAUUUGACAUGCAAAUCAAACUUAUACCUGGAAAUUCUGCAGGCACUGUCACUACAUUUUAUCUAAGCUCUCAAGGGCCAAACCAUGAUGAGAUUGAUUUGGAGUUCUUGGGCAACUUAUCCGGUGAUCCAUACAUUCUCUCAACCAAUUAUUAUGCCAAUGGUACUGGUGGUCGUGAGAUGCAGUUCUAUCUUUGGUUUGAUCCUACACAGGACUUCCACACCUAUUCCAUUGAUUGGAACACUCAGCGCAUAAUAAUCUUGGUGGAUAACACACCCAUCAGAGUGAUGCACAACAGGGAGAGCAUCCGUGUUCCAUUCCCCACAAGUCAACCAAUGAAGAUUUAUGCAACUUUAUGGAAUGGAGACUUUUGGGCAACAAGAGGGGGGAAGGUUAAGAUUGAUUGGUCUAAAGCUCCAUUCAUAUCAGGUUUUAGAAAUUUCAAUGCGAAUGCGUGCAUUGCUGGACCAGGGGCCUCAUCUUGCAUGGGUUUUAAUGGUGGAAGAAACAAAGGUCUUGAUGCUCAAAUCAGGAAGCAUCUCAAAGAGAUCCAUUCAAGAUGGGUUGUUUACGAUUAUUGCCGGGAUUUCAUACGUUUUGCUCAUGGUUUUCCACACGAUUGCCGCAAGAAUAAACAAACACUUGUGACUUCCCAUUGA